AUGGACGAGGCGGGGCUGUUGCCGAGGAAUGGGUCUGCUGCGGGCUUGGGAGGGAAGGAGGAGCUCUAUCCCGCUUGGGUGGCCAGCCUCCUCGCCGCCAUCCUCAUCCUCACCAUCGCCGUGGACAUCCUGGGCAACAUCCUCGUGAUACUGUCGGUCUACAAGAACAAGAAGCUGAGGAAAGCAGGGAAUGCCUUUGUGGUCAGCCUGGCUGUUGCGGACUUACUAGCUGCUUUGUACCCCUUCCCAUUGGCUCUGAUAGCCAUUUUCCAUGACAACUGGGUGAUGGGAGGCUUCCAUUGCCAGAUGAGCGGUUUCCUGAUGGGCAUGAGUGUCAUCAGCUCCGUCUUCAACAUUACUGGCAUUGCCAUUAACCGCUACUGCUACAUCUGCCACAGCUUGAAAUACGACAGACUUUUCUCUUAUCAUAACACACUCUGCUACGUGGGGCUAGUUUGGGCCCUUACCUUGCUGGCAAUCAUGCCCAACCUCUUUGUGGAAUCCCUGAAGUAUGAUCCACGGGUGUAUUCUUGUACUUUUUCCCAGUCUGUCAGCUCCCUUUAUACCAUCAUGGUGGUGGUCAUCCAUUUCUUCUUGCCUAUCACCAUCGUCAGCUAUUGUUACCUGAGAAUCUGGAUCCUAGUGCUCCAGGUGCGGCGGAGAGUCAAGCCAGAUGUCCAGCCCAGAAUAAAGCCCCAUGACUUCUGGAACUUCCUGACCAUGUUUAUGGUCUUUGUGCUCUUUGCAAUCUGCUGGGCACCACUGAACCUUGUUGGCUUUGUGGUGGCCCUGAAACCAACGCUGGAUUCCUCCAUACCCAAAUGGCUCUUCACAGCUAGUUAUUUCAUGGCAUAUUUUAACAGCUGCCUGAACGCUGUGAUUUACGGAGUGCUGAAUCACAGUUUCAGAAAGGAGUACAAGAGAAUCAUGCUCACUUUGUGCCAAACACCAGCCUUUAGAGCUGGCUAA